GCGACUGCAUUAGUCGGUCCCGGGAUUUAUCGUCAGGAAUGGCUGCACCCUCGUAUUGACCACCGUAGUACAGUUCCGGCACUCGUAUAGCGACAGGGAAGGCCGCGCGUAACUUGCUUGAUUGGUGAGGCAGGUUACUUGGGCCCACCGGAGGCAACGCUUAAAUACCCUGCGACAGCAACGGAACUACAUAUCGAAUCCCCAGUCGGCAGCGAGGAAUUGACCAUAAAAAUAAUCCCAACGGAUUCGAAAUCAUGGCUUCAAACGCCCCGGGAGAGUGCUGUAUAAAGGGCGUUUUGCACGAGGGUACGCCGAAGGGAGAGGUGGUGCAGAUUACGGAAGGUUUGUUGCAAGUCUCGGUUUGAUUCGCGUCGGAGUGACAGCUAAUAUGGAGUUUUUCCGCCAGUGGAAACGUACAUCACCAGGCCCGCCAGCGGAUCCAGCGAGAAGGUGAUCCUGCUAUUGACGGACGUUAUGGGGCUUUGCACCAAUCCGAAACUGUCCCACCCCCUCCCUCCUUCCCUACGCCCGAGUGUCUGCUAACACAAAUAACUGCACCAGCAUCGCCGACGACUUUGCAGCAAACGGAUACACCGUCCUAGUUCCUGACAUCUUCGCAGGCGAUAACGUCCCCCUCCCAGCGGAUCGGAAGCCUGGAUUUCAACUUCCGGAAUGGCUAAAGAAUCACCAGCCCCACCACGUUGUCCCAAUUAUCCAGAAGGUGAUGGACCAUAUUCGGUCCGAUCUUAGUAUGCCUCCCUUCCCAUUCUUCCCGGGGAUGCAUAUUUAGAGCAGGUCUUACACACCACAGAACCCCGCAAAAUCGGCGCAGUAGGAUACUGUUUCGGCGCAAAAUACGUCACACAACUUCUCUCCGGCCAGAUCGACGCAGGCUACAAUGCACACCCCAGUUUCGUCACCCUGGAUGAACUCUGCGCUAUCAAAGCCCCACUCGCAAUUUCUGCUGCCGGUAUAGCCCCCCCCCCCCCCCUCCAACAACCAUCCUUGGAGCAACGACAAAAAGUUAAUACCGAGAGCAUAGAAACGGACUCAAUCUUCACCCCUGAGCUACGCCAUGCCACGGAGGCCAAGUUGGCGGAAAUCAAGGCCACCUACCAGAUUACCCUGUUUUCUGGGGUGGAGCAUGGGUUCGCGGUGAGGUGCAAUUUGGCGAACGAGAAGCAGAGGUGGGCGAAGGAGGAGGCGUUCUGGCAGGCUAUUAGGUGGUUCAGGUUGCAUCUUUCCUAGAUCAUGUUAGAUGCUUGUGAGGUUAGGAUGCAGAGGAUGGGUCUGAAGGUGAGCGCGAGUGAGAUUGAAUGA